AUGUGGGACACCCUCCGCGAGUCCAGCAUCGGACAAAUCGCGCGUCUCGUCUUCCGCCGCCCGGACCUCUUCCCCUACCCCGAGGAGCUCGAGUCCUUCCAGCUUCCGGCAAGUCUUAGCGCCACCGCCGCCGGCACUGGUAGCAGCAGCAGCUCUGGCGCCGUCCUGCUCAACCGCAAGCUCCUGGCCAACAAGUCGAACAACCAGGACGGUUUGACCCCUUGCGCCGAACAGUCCUUCUUCCCUUCUUCUACGGGCACUACUACCCCUUACGAGGAGGAGAAGGACCUCGAGGCGGCGACCGUGACGGCGCAUGAGGGUGGCUGGAAAUCCUCCUCCACAGAGACGCCUCCGGCUCGCAGUGGCGCACCGUCUACCCCCACAGUAGCGGCGGCUGCAUCAACGCCUGUGUGCGACGACGACGACGGUGGUGGAGGCGAUGGCACAAGGAAGCUCGGAGAGGAAGGGGACAGCGACAGGGAGGGAGAGGCGGGCGGCAGGAUAGUAGUAGACUGGUACGACGGAGCGGACCCGUCGAACCCGAAGAACUGGACGUUCGCAAAGAAGAUCGGGAUCACGACGCUGAUGGGCUUGUACACGUUCGCGGUGUACGUGGGGUCGUCGCUGUACGCGCCGAGCCAGGCGAUGGUGAUGGCCGCGUUCGGCGCCAGCUACGAGGCCGCCGCCCUCGGCAUCGCCCUCUACGUCGUCGGCUACGGCCUCGGCCCCCUCCUCUGGUCCCCCCUAUCCGAGAUCCCCUCCAUCGGCCGCACCAACAUCUACAUCGUCACCUUCUUCGUCUUCGUCUGGCUCGCCCUCGGCGCCUCCGUCGUCGACUCCUUCGCCGGCCUGCUCGUCCUCCGUUUUCUCUUAGGCUUCUUCGGGUCCCCCUGUCUCGCCACCGCCGGCGCCACCCUCGACGACAUGUUCGCCCCCUGGAAGCUCCCCUACGUACUGACGGUGUGGUCGUCGUCGGCGACCCUGGGCCCGGCCCUCGGCCCCAUCGUCUCCGGCUUCGCCGUCUCCAAGAUGGGCUGGCGCUGGGGCGGCUGGGAGCUCUUCUGGCUCUCGGCGCCCGUCUGGGUGCUCAUGUUCCUCGGCCUGCCCGAGACGAACCCCGACGCGAUCCUCCACCGCAAGGCGGCGCGGCUGCGCGCGCGCACGGGACGCGCCGAUUUACUGUGCGAGGCCGACCUCAAGCGCGCGCACAUGACGCCCCGCCAGAUCGCCGUCGACGCCCUCAUCAAGCCCUGGCAGAUCAACGCCCUCGACCCCGCCGUCCUCUACACCACCGUCUACGCCGCCGUCCUCUACGGCGCCUACUACUCCUUCUUCGAAGCCUUUCCCUUCGUCUUCGUCGACAUGCACGGUUUCAACCUCGGCGAGUCCGGGUUGCCGUUUCUCGCGUUCGUCCCUGGGCAGAUGAUCGCCGUGCCGGGAUACAUCAUCUGGUUCCGCCUCAAGGCCGAGCCGGUCAUGCGCAAGGAACUGCCGCCGCUGUACGGGUUCCCCGAGAGCAGGCUGUUGCCGGCGGUGAUAACUACGUUCCUGGGACCGAUUGGGUUGUUCACUUUCGCCUGGACCUCGCGCCCGGACAUCCACUGGAUCGUGCCCAUCAUCGGCCUCAUGGUCCUCUACGUCUGCAUCAUCGUCGCCUUCCAGUGCAUGAACUUCUACAUCGCCCGCUGCUACCCCAAGUACUCGGCCUCCCUCUUCGCCGCCAACACCUUCGCCCGCAGCUCCUUCGCCGCCGCCUCCAUCCUCUUCUCCAAGCCCAUGUAUGAGCGCAUAGGCGUCAGCGGCGGCGUCAGCCUGUUGGGUGGUCUCACCGUCCUCUGUGCUGUCGGCAUGACGUUCCUCUGGCGCUACGGCGAUAGGCUGAGGAUGAGGAGUCGCUUCGCGCAGUCGUCUUGAUUCAGCUUACCUAGCUACCUAGGUUAAGGCUUUGGGUUUCUUUUUUCUUUUUUUUUUCUUUUUCUUGGCUUAACAAAGCGUAAAGCGCAACGCCCAACGCCCAACUUACUAUGUAAAUAUUUAAAUAUUGGGAUAUCAGGUUACUGGUCGUUUCAAGACUCAGAGACUAGCAGAGACUGGACCAGGCUGUACUUAUAGUAGUUAGGUAUGCAGUAAGUAGGUAGGU